AAACCACGUGGCACUUUUCCCAGAAUCCAGACUUGGCUUUGGUUAAAGUCUCCCAAAGUCCUUCUCUUCAAUAAGAUGUUACUGUGUAGAGUAUUGACUCAUAGUCCCGUGUCCUCCAUUGCUCCUUCUUGUUCUGCUUUGCUCCUUUCUCCUCUUCUUGGAGUAACAACACUCAUUAAUGUAAGGGGGCGUGGUUUUCACACAAGCAGUCACGUGAUGGGACUGGAAGAGUUCUUUCCGAAGACUAAAAAUAUCAUCGAAGAGUCAGAGAGGACAGGUAGGCCGUGGAAAGCAAGGGAACUGAGACAGAAGAGUAACGAGGACCUACACAAAUUAUGGUAUGUCCUCCUAAAAGAGAGAAACAUGUUACUAACUUUGAGACACGAAGCAAACCGAAAUCUAUUUAUAAUGCCGGGACCAGAAAGAUUGAAAAAAGUAAAGUACUCCAUGGAUGUUUUAAAGCAUGUCAUCAAGGAAAGGGGACAAGCAGUGAGGGAAGCAAGAAUCAUGCUCAAGAAGAAGAACAAAGAAAUGAAUAAUAAUAAUAAUAAUAACGGACAAAGUAAUAAUGAAAGCUAAUUAGAAUCAUAUACAAAAGCAACAGUUAAUAUUAUCAAUAAUAAUAAUAAUAAUAAUAUUAAUAUUUA